AUGGGAUGCCAUGGAUAUAGCCCCGCCCAUAUAGUGUGCCAACCAAUCAGGGUAACAGAACACAACAACUUCCUGUCAACAACUCUCAAGACAACAACUCCCCAAGACAACAACUUCAAGACAACAACUUCCUGGCAACAACUCCUCAAGACAACAACUUCAAGACAACAAAUUCCUCAAGACAACAAAUUCCUCAAGACAAUAACUUCCUCAAAACAACAAAUUCCUCAAGACAACAACUUCCCCAAGACAACAACUUCUCAAAGACAACAACUUCCUCAAAACAACAACUUCCUCAAGACAACAACUUCCUCAAGACAACAAAUUCCUCAAGACAACAACUUCCUCAAAACAACAACUUCCCCAAGACAACAACUUCCCCAAGACAACAACUUCCUCAAGACAACAACUUCCUCAAGACAACAAAUUCCUCAAGACAACAACUUCCUCAAAACAACAACUUCCCCAAGACAACAAAUUCCUCAAGACAAUAACUUCCUCAAAACAACAAAUUCCUCAAGACAACAACUUCCUCAAGACAACAAAUUCCUCAAGACAACAACUUCCCCAGGACAAAAACUUCCUCAAGACAACAAAUUCCUCAAGACAACAACUUCCUCAAGACAACAACUUCCUCAAGACAACAACUUCCUUAAGACAACAAAUUCCUCAAGACAACAACUUCCUCAAGACAACAACUUCCUCAAGACAACAAAUACCACAAGACAAAAACUUCCUCAAGACAACAACUUCCUUAAGACAACAACUUCCUCAAGACAACAAAUUCCUCAAGACAACAACUUCCUUAAGACAACAACUUCCUCAAGACAACAACUUCCUCAAGACAACAAAUUCCUCAAGACAACAACUUCCUUAAGACAACAACUUCCUCAAGACAAUAACUUCCUCAACAACAAAUUCCUCAAGACAACAACUUCCUCAAGACAACAAAUUCCUCAAGAUAACAACUUCCCCAAGACAACAACUUCCCAAGACAACAACUUCCUCAAGACAACAACUUCCUCUCAAGACAACAACUUCCUUAAGACAAAUAACUUCCUCAAGACAACAACUCCCCAAGACAACUUCAAGACAACAAAUUCCUUGACAACAACUUCCUCAAGACAACAACUCUUAAGAUGCAAAUUCUCAAGACAACAAAUUCUCAAGACAAUAACUUCCCCAAAACAAACAACUUCCUCAAAAACAACUUCCUCAAAACAACAACUUCCCCAAGACAACAAAUUCCUCAAGACAAUAACUUCCUCAAAACAACAAAUUCCUCAAGACAACAACUUCCUCAAGACAACAAAUUCCUCAAGAUAA